AUGCCAUUGAUGACUGGAAGUAGCGAGGGACGGUCUUCACCAGAUGCCCGCUCAGUGAAGCGUCAAAGAACCCAAUCCCUUCCACCCCCCGCCCUCCCCCAGCUCGUCGCAGAGCAGCAUAUCCCAAUUCCCUCCACCGACAAGGACACCCGCAGAUUGAUCGUCGUCCUCUCCAAUGCCAGCUUGGAGACAUAUAAAGCUAGUUUCGGUGGCAACAGACCGGGUGCACAGCGCGAGGAGAAAUACUCGCUGCUCAACAGUGACGAGCACAUCGGCGUCAUGCGCAAGAUGAACCGCGAUAUCAGCGAUGCCCGACCUGACAUUACACAUCAGUGCCUUCUUACUUUGCUCGACUCACCUAUCAACAAGGCUGGAAAGUUGCAAAUUUACAUCCAUACCGCCAAGGGAGUACUCAUCGAGGUCAGCCCAACCGUUCGUAUCCCGCGUACAUUCAAGCGAUUUGCUGGUCUCAUGGUCCAACUGCUGCACCGUCUGUCCAUUCGAUCUGUCAACUCGCAGGAAAAGCUACUCAAGGUCAUCGCAAACCCUAUCUCUGAUCAUCUUCCUCCGAACUGCCGAAAGAUAACCCUCAGUUUCGACUCUCCACUGGUGCGCGUACGAGAAUAUGUGGAGACUCUGGAUGAGAAGGAGAGCAUUUGUGUGUUUGUGGGUGCCAUGGCCAAGGGAUCCGACAACUUCGCCGACCAAUUUGUUGAUGAGAAGAUCUCGAUCAGCAACUACAGUCUCUCAGCAAGUGUCGCAUGCAGCAAAUUCUGCCACGCUGCUGAGGAUGUGUGGGGUAUUAUCUAG